GAAUGGGCAAGGGAAAGGAGGUGACGCGAAGGACAGCCGCUCUUUCAAAUAAUUAAAACCAGGAGAUUUGCAGGGAAGAGGUUGAAUCAGAGAUGGUCAUCGAAUUUUUCAUACUUUUCACUGUCUUGUUCCUCGCUGUGCAGUUUCUGCAGUUGCAAUGGGCACGCAAGCAGCUGCCCCCUGGCCCGGUCCCUCUUCCCAUUAUUGGCAAUUUGUGGCUGCUGGGCUUUGCUCUGAAGAGAGAGGUGCUGAUGAAGUUAACAACCAUCUAUGGGAACAUCUACACAGUUUGGCUGGGAAGAACUCCUCUGGUUGUGCUGAAUGGCUACAAGGCUGUGAAAGAGGGACUCAUCACUUACACCGAAGAGACUUCCGGGAGACCACUGACUCCUUUGUUUAAGGAUCUGAUGGGUGAAAAAGGUGUUUUUAUGACCACUGGACAUACCUGGAAACAGCAGAAGCGGUUUGUCAUGAUGACGCUGCGAAAUCUGGGCGUGGGAAGGAAGGCCCUGGAGAACCAGAUCCAGGAGGAGGCACAUAAUCUUCUGAAAGUGUUUGAGAGCAAGAAAGGAUCAGCCUUCGACCCCCAAACAGCUAUAGUCCACGCUGUUGCCAACAUCAUUUGCAGUUUUGUCUUUGGUCAACGCUUUCCCGAAGAGGAUGCCCAUUUCAACAAAUUAUUAAAAGCUAUCCAUAUGGUUACCUAUGUUUCUGGCAGCUUCUGGGGCAGGGUGUACGACAGUUUCCCCACGAUUAUGCGUACGUUUCAGAGGCCCUACCAGUCAUUGUUUGAAUACAACGAAUUCAUGCACAAUCUCGUCAAGGACAGGGUCCAGAGUCACAAGGAGAGGUGGAAAGAAGGCAACAAACCACAGGAUCUCAUUGACUUCUACCUGGAUUUAAUCUCCAAGAGCAGAGAGGACCCAGCUUCCAUUUUCAGUGAGGAUAAUGUUCUUCAAAUGAUUGUUGAUCUUUUGAUUGGAGGAGCAGAGACCAGCAGCACCACCUUGUACUGGGGGCUACUUUAUUUGCUCAAAAAUCCAGAUGUGCAAGAAAAAAUCCACCAUGAAAUAGAUACUGUUCUGGGACAUUCUCAAAUGAUCACUUACGAGGAUCGGAACCGGGUGCCAUACACUAACGCAGUGCUUCAUGAAAUCGUUCGCUAUAGCAACGUUACAAUCACCGGCCCGCCAAGGAAAUGUUUGAAGGACAUUGUUGUCCUAGGAUUCCCCAUCAGAAAGGGAACCCUUAUGCUGCCCAAUUCCCAUUCUGUGCUGUAUGACCCAGAGUGCUGGGAAACCCCUUGGAAGUUCAAUCCAGGGCAUUUCCUUGAUUCUGAAGGCAACUUUGUGAACAAUGAAGCCUACUUGCCUUUCUCAGCAGGGCGCCGUGCAUGUUUGGGUGAGCCAUUAGCACGGAGAGAGCUUUUCGUUUUCUUCACCAACCUUCUCCGUUCAUUCAAGUACCAGCUACCACCGGAAGUAAAUGACGUCUGUUUGGAGGAAAUCACAGGGAGCACACGUCAGCCACUCCCGUAUAAAAUCUGUGCUCUUCCACGCUAAACCACCUGAUGGCUGUUUCCUUCCAGGAGCAGUUGGUGGAGCAAGGGAGAAAGACUUCUGAAGCACUCAUUUCAGCCCUUCUCGCUGAAACAUAGAUGUCCUCAACCUUCUUGAAGCCAUCUUUGUCCGUCUUGCUUGUCUGUUGCUUUGAAAUGCAUAAAGCGAAGCCACUCAGAAGCAAAUGUCUGUCAUUUUGGGCUUAUUAGUAACAUGUUGUACAAUGGGAGUUCUCCAGGCUUGGUUUGGGGGUUGCAAACAUGUCGUUAUUAACAGCAUCCAGGUCAUUCAAGGUUUAAGUGCAUAAGUUGAAUUUGCCAUUGAAUGGGUAGAGGCAAGAUCAGGAGGCAGGUGGGCAAAGACAGGAAGAAGAUAUGGUGGGAGUUGACAGAUGGAAGUCUUGGCCCAAGAGCAGGCAGGCAUGGUAGGGUGGGGUGGGGUGGGGAUAGCAAGUCCUUCAGAGAAACCACCUAGGUGUUUAAAGUGUGCACUGGCUGUUGUAUUUACCUCUACUUGUUUGGCAUAAGUUAAUCCCUCUUGUAUAUUUCUGUGUCCCAGUGUGCCUGCUUUUUUGCCUUUCUUCCCUGACUAUGUUGUUGUUUAUUCAUUUAGUCGCUUCUGACUCUUUGUGACUUCAUGGACCAGCCCACACCAGAGCUUCCUGUCGGUCGUCAACACCCCCAGCUCCCCCAGGGAUGAGUCCGUCACCUCUAGAAUAUCAUCCAUCCACCUUGCCCUUGGUCGGCCCCUCUUCCUUUUGCCCUCCGCUCUCCCUAGCAUCAGCAUCUUCUCCAGGGUGUCCUGUCUUCUCAUUAUGUGGCCAAAGUAUUUCAGUUUGGCCUUUAAUAUCAUUCCCUCAAGGGAGCAGUCUGGCUUUAUUUCCUGGAGUAUGGACUGGUUUGAUCUCCUUGCAGUCCAAGGCACGCUCAGCAUUUUCCUCCAACACCACAGUUCAAAAGCAUCGAUCUUCCUUCUCUCAGCCUUCCUUAUGGUCCAGCUCUCGCAGCCAUAUGUUACUACGGGGAACACCAUUGCUUUAACUAUGCGGGCCUUUGUUGUCAGUGUGAUGUCUCUGCUCUUAACUAUUUGAUCGAGAUUUGUCAUUGCUCUUCUCCCAAGGAUUAAGCGUCUUCUGAUUUCCUGACUGCAGUCAGCAUCUGCGGUAAUCUU